AUCAACCCGGACGAUACCAUGUUUCAAUGAAAUAUGCUCAAAGGCAUAAAAUAAUGACCUGUCAUGAUGCAGAUUUUCAUGGUCAUUAGUUGUAUCUUUGGUCUGAUGAGAUGUUUUGUCUUUGGAAAGGAAAUAUCACUACGAGAGAAUUGGAAAAGACAAAUCAAGGUCGGGUUAGCAGAUGGAAAGCAUAUUGUUGAUUUGUUUAGUACCGAACCGAGGUCAAAGAUUUUUAAUCGAAUCAACUUACUGACAAAUUUUGUCGGUACUAUUGAUAGCCUUGCUGCAUUUAUUCAGGAGUAUGAUCCAAAAACCGAACAAGAAACGUUUAAAAAAUUGAAGAAGACAUUUACAGAUAUAAACGGAAAACUUGAAUUGACAAGCGACAGGAGGUUUAGCCAGGAUUUUAGGGAAAUUUACUUCGAAUUAAGAAGCAUUGAAUUUAGUUUUGUCAUCUUAAACAAAUUUUUGGAAAAACUUGAGGAGUUGGAAUGUAUAAGUCAAGCUGAAUGUGAAACAGGCAUGCAAUGGACUAUUAAGCUGUUUAAAAAUGAUUUUGAUAUAGAAGAUCAAUAUAGGCACAUCUUUCAGGCAACAUUAAAUGGAACAAGGUUUUAAAAGAUGUCGUUAAUUCAGCAAGUAAUAGAAACGUCAGAUUGCAAUGAAAAGACAAUUUUGAAGUUUGGGACUAAUUUACUUUUGACUUUUUUUAAAGCUGAACAAAUCAUGCUUGUGUAUGGUAAGCUAGCUAAAACGAACACUAAUUCCAUAUCACAGAUACAUAAAUGGACUAAGAACAUGUAUAAAUUCAGAAGGGCUUUACUAGGAGUUGUAGAAGAAUGUUCCUCUAAGAAUGUGUGUAAAAAACAGUGUAACAAAGGUAAAUGUAUCCACCUCUCAAAGGUAAAUCGAAACAUGUGUUCCUGUCCAAAUUACUUUGAUGGAGACAACUGUCAAAUCAAUAAUCAAGUUAUAUUAGCUAGGGAUACUGUAGCAAUUUUAUCAACCUUGAAUCAGGUCCCUAAAGUAGGACCUAUUAUCGAUACGAAAUUGCAAUCCAAUUUUUUAACUGCAUCAAUGAAGUGCGUUAGUUUUGCUUAUGAAAUGAUUCAAAAAGCAAGCUUGAAGAAUAUAGACAAGCAUGUUUUGACAAGUUUUGACCUUGGAUCCUUUUAUAAUACAUAUCUUAGCUUGUACUACUUGAUCAAAGAUGCAAGGAAAUUAAUUAAAUGUGACGAAACUGUAAAAACGGGGUAUAUUAAAUCGAAAUUAAUACAUACUGUGUAUCAUUUAACUAGGGCUCUAUUCAAAAUGAACUCGUACUUUAAUUACCGACAAUCUGACAAUACAUUCCAACCAGAAUCAUUGUUGGCUAGAGUUAUCGAUAUCAAUAAGAACGAGGCUUGCUCAAAACAUUUCAGAGCCAAAAUUGACAAUCUUUGGAUACAGUUUCAUCUUGCACAGGCAAAUGGGUUUUCCAUCUUAUUGCAAGUCCGUCAUAUAUUGGAUAAUUAUUCUCCCACUGUUAUCAGCAUAUUUAAGCAGCGCACUAACAAACAGAUUAAAUUUACAACUGAAUCUACAUGUAGUGCAUCAAUAAAGCAUUCCGCAAAUGUUCAUUGUGAACAAUUUCAUCUAAUGAAGAAUAUUAACAUUGAAAAUAUUUGCGUAAAAGGAUACGCUCGCAAAGGCACUCGUUUUAUCAAAUGCCAAAAUAUAACCUCUGCAUGUAUACCUUGCACAUGUAAUACAAAAGGAGCAAUAUCAACAAUAUGUAAUUCAGAAAAUAGGCAGUGCCAGUGUAAAGAUAAUUUUCAAGGAAAGAAUUGCGAUAUAAAUAUAGAUCAAAACUGUAAGUUAAGUGACUGGACAACUUGGUCUGUUUGUAGUAAAGCAUGUGGAAUUGGGGGAGAGCAGACGCGCACUAGACAUAUAGUACUACAAAAAAAGGGCCAUGGAAAACAAUGUACAGAUCAUAAGGUGGACAACAAAAAAUGUUUCAAACUAUGUUGUUCUGGUACUUUUGAGUGUAAAGACAGUUCAAAAUGUUUCAUAGGAAGUAAAUGCCAACCUUGUUACUGUAACCAAAAGGGAUCAACAUCUGGCAUAUGUCAACCUAUAAAUGGUGCUUGUUCAUGUAAAACAGAUUAUGACGGAAGGCGUUGCCAAGAAAAAACAGAUCAGCCCAAACAACGUCCGAUUGAUUGCGGAGAUGUCAAAACAAAGAAAGGAAACGGAAUCUACAAGAUAUAUCCCAAACAUUCAGUCAUUGGAUUUGACGUUUACUGUGACUUUGAGAUUGACAACAGCGGAUGGACGAUGUUUCAGAGAAGACUAAACGGGAAGACAGAUUUUUAUAGAGGUUGGAAUUCGUAUGUAAAUGGAUUUGGAGAUUUGGAGGCGGAAUUUUGGUUGGGCAACCAAAAGAUACAUACAUUGACUAAGCAGGCCAAUUAUGAACUAAGAGUAGACAUCUCCGAUUUUGAUGGUUACAAAGCUUAUGCCAGAUAUAUAACGUUUUCUGUUGGUGAUGCCUCUACCAACUAUAUACUAACUGUUUCUGGUUACAGUGGGAAUGCUGGAGACAGCCUGGAAUGCCAUAAUGGUCAAGCCUUUACUACCAAAGACAGGGACAACGAUUCAGGGACAAACAAUUGUGGUAUAUACAGACAGGGUGCAUGGUGGUAUAAAAACUGUGGAUAUUCAAGCCUGAAUGGGGUAUAUAUUGAAGGAGGAAAGACAAGCUUCAAAGGAAUAUCUUGGUACUAUUGGAAGAAUAACUGGUAUUCAAUGAAGUCGUCUUCAAUGAUGAUUAGGAGACUUUAAUUGUAUACGCAUGUAAAUUAAUAUGUGUUAUAAUAAAAUAUUUAUUUGAAACAUUUUA